CUUGUUUUUGUUUUUUGCUUCGAACUACAGUGAGCAGCAAACUCAUGGAUUCUCCUCACCGGUUAUUCCAGUUAAAAGCCCAGAAGUAAUACAAAUAGUUCUUCUAGAGGGUUAAACCAAAAAUUAAAAAAAGUUGGUAGGUUUGUGUGGUUUCCACUUUCCACUGGGGUUUAUGUUGAUUAGGGACCAAACUCAAAAAACCCAUCUAUGAAAGUGUCUAUGUUGUUCAAGCCUGCCAGUUAAUUUUGCUUAAUGAAUUCAUUUUUCAAUGAAUGCCUAAGACAUGGUGUCGGGGACGAGAUUGGACUAUGGUUUCAGUGGCUACCAGGUCCCUGUGUUUCCUCGAGCUUCUAGAUCAGCAAGGGGUAGGGUGCCAAUUAGGAAGAAGGGUGGGAACAGUCAGAAACAUGCAUUUGAAAUUUUGGCUAGUGUAGCUGGUGAACUCUUGCAGGAAAGUAAAAUUUUUGUGCCUCCUAAUUGUGAAGAGGAUCAGCAAAAUACUCCUAAAAAUAUUGUUUUGAAGGAACGGGAUGAGGGGCAAUUGUCAAAGUGCAACCAUUCUGUUCAGGAAACUCAUGAUGAGAAAACCUUAAUUCAAGGUUACCAUCAAAUCUAUACAUUGAAUAAGUUUUCACAUUCCCAGGAUCGGUUUAAUUUGAAAGCAUGUUCAAGUAUAAAGAGCUUCGAUCAGUCAGAGAAGUUAUGUUUGGCUGAUCAGUUGGCCAAUGUCAAUGAUAGAAAUGCAAGCCCUUCUGCUAAAAUAGGUAAUUCUUCUCUUGUAUCUGGGGAAUUUUCUGAAGGGCAAAUAGAGGAUGCAGGAGCUGAGCUUUCAAGUAUUCAAAGUGUUAAAAGUGCAACUCUUCCAGUUACAGGCAGUUUUGAUAUGUUGGAAAUGGACUGUAAACCUCAUGCUUUAUUCUGUUCAGAAAGCAAGUUAAAGGCAUCAUUGUUCGAGGACUGGAUAACUCUUCGUCCUUCUGGGCAUGCUGAUAAUAUAGAGACAGUUGAUAGAGAUGAUGACGAGAAUGACACUGGGUGCACUCAGGCUGCCACCACAGUGAAGGCCUUUAGGCUGCCAUCAGAUGUGGCAGAUCAAAGAAUUAAGAACCUGUCUGCAGGCAGACAUUGGAGAGUAUCUCCAAAUUUGAAUGGUGGGGCUUCCUUUAAAAAUGAUGGGAAAAGAAGAUCAUUUUUUCGUAAUGGGAGAACUAGUUAUACUCGUCAAAGAUCACAGAGGAUCUCUCCUUUCAACAGAAGGAAGUUGUUUAAUCAAUUCCCAUUCUCUGUGCCUGAUCGAGGCUUUCAGUUUGAAGACAAAUUUAAUUCUGCUGACAAGAGAAGCAAUUGUGACAACUGUACUGCAGCUGUUGGAGUGGCAUCCUCAGUUGCAAGACGACAUUCGCAACCUGGACCCAGAGACCGUAAUGUGAAGCUUCGUAUCAAAUCCUUCAAGGUUCCAGAGCUCUUCGUUGAGAUUCCUACAACUGCUACUGUUGGUUCACUGAAAAGGACAGUCAUGGAGGCAGUAACUACUGUACUGGGAGAUGGCUUACAUGUUGGUAUCUUUCUUCAAGGAAAGAAGGUUAGGGAUGACAGCAAAACUCUAUUUCAGACUGGUAUUUCUCAAGAUCACAAGCAUCGUAAUUUGGGAUUUGCGUUGGAGCCCAGACAUGCACAAAUUAUACCACCUCCAGGCCCAGGAGAGCAGGGGCUAACAAGGCAUGCAACAUCUUUGACUCCAGAACCAGGGACUUCUAGUGUCUCUCUUGUUCCUCCUUUGACAAGUUGGAACAGUGGUGCUCAAAGCGACCUUCACUUGGUUUCCUGUCUUUCCAACAUAUCAGCUGAUAGAACUAUUCCAAAUUCCCAAUCUCUGGUGUCAAUCCCAGCAAUUAGUGUGGAGGCAUUGGCUGUGGUUCCCUUUCAUCAUAGACCUGGGUGUCAUGAGUUUGUCCAGCGUCGCAUUAGAAGACCGUUUUCUGUUGCGGAAGUAGAAGCAUUGGUUCAGGCAGUUGAGAAACUAGGAACUGGAAGGUGGCGUGAUGUCAAAUUGGGUGCUUUUGACAAUGCAAAACAUCGUACAUAUGUGGAUUUGAAGGAUAAGUGGAAGACAUUGGUCCAUACAGCAAGAAUCUCCCCUCAGCAAAGGAGGGGAGAACCUGUGCCACAGGAGCUUUUAGACAGGGUCCUAGCUGCCCAUGCCUACUGGUCUAGACACCAGGCCAAGCAAAAGCUCAAAUAAGCUGUCUGAGGUUUUACUAGGUCUCUGUUCAAUCUUGUAAAUCUGUGAUGUAAUGAAAUUUCUGUAAAUGAAAAUUAUGUAGCAUGCUCACAUUCAAUGUGAUCUGCAACCAAAUUGCUUUCAUUGGAUAGAGUUUGGUUCCUUGUAGAUAGCUUUAA